AUUCCAAAGAAAUCAAGAUUGUAAUUUCUACACUUGAGCACAUUGGGCAGUGCGAUUUCAACAGGUUGUUGUUAGUUUGGGGGGGAAGGCGGGGAGGGAGGAUGACAUCCCACAUGGAAUCCAGCUGUUGUUUCAGAAGUGGGUUCAUUGCUGAAUGACUUUUGCAACUGUUGGAACUGUGGAAUCAGAUGACGAAGAAGGUUAACCAGUGGUGGAACAAAGGUCAGGGCUGAAACCACUAACAGGAUUGGCAGAGAACAUCAGUGAGGACAGUGGAUCCUGUAAUAGAUCUGAAUUUGUUUGCUAAAGUCCUAUCAUCGAGUGUAUGAAAGAGCCUGUGGUUCAACUGUAUGUUGACUACACAGUUUACUGCGGAAAUGUAAGCAUCAUUAGGUGUUAUGACUUGUUUGCUAAGCGCUCUGAUACGCUAUCCUGGGUGGAGAGCUCUAUACAGAACAGCACCACGUCACCAAUAGAUGUACAAGAAGAAGCUUCACAGCUAAUGCAGGAAUCCAGUGAGAACUCCUUAAUGAAGCUGCAAACCCUUGAAGUUGACCUGUGCUCAGCAUUUUUACCGAACCAAGAGGAAGGUCCCUCGGCACAGUGCAGCAAGGAACACAUCUCUCGAUUAGGUUGCAAUGGAUUAGCUGAUGAGGGGAGCAGUGGGGAGCCAAUCCCAGCCUUCAAAGCCUGGCAGAGUGAGCUUGAAAACGGAGCAGAAGCACACCGUUCCCCGGGGGCUAGCAGGUUGCUGCAUCACAUAACAGAUGGGGACAAUCCACUCAUAUCGCCACGCUGUUCCAGCUUUAGCAAGAGCCAAAGAUUUGUGCUGGAUACCGAAGCAGCUCCAUCUCCACCCAGUGCUCAACCAUUUAUCAUGCCAAGAAAAUCUUCUCAUGGUAAUCCUGAAACUGUAAAUGGUCCAAAGUUAGUUACACAGCUGACGAAACAGAUCCAGAAUUUGAAGAAGAAAAUAAGAAAAUAUGAAGAAAAAUUUGAGCAAGAAAAGAAAUACAGGCCCUCUCACAGUGAUAAAAUUGGUGAUCCAGAAGUUUGGAGGUGGAUGAAUGAUCUGACAAAGGCUCGUAAACAGUUAAAAGAAUUGAAACUGAAAAUUUCAGAGGAGGAGAACAAUACCUGUCACAGACAUUGCAAUAGUCUGUUUCCUGUAACUUCAAGACAGGAUAAAGAGAACAAACACUGUGAAGCAGCAGAACCACAGCAGAAGACUGUCGAAGAAACUGUAGAAAUUGUGAUGAAAACGUUAAAAGAGAAACAUGAAACUCUUGGCCUUCCAGAGAACAUUAAGGUGACCAAGCAAGAAAGGCAACUCAUGAAGCCUCUUUAUGAUAGAUACCGAGCUAUAAAACAGCUCUUAUCUGCAGCAUCAGCAAUCCCUACUAUCGAAGAAGAGUCUGAUGAGGAAGCUGUGCACAGAAAUUCUGAAACAUCUUCUACACCUACAGCAGACUUUCCUUUCCCAAAAUAUGUAGGUGACAUAGAUCAUGGAGAUGAAGAUCAUACACCUGAAUUUGUUUCUCCUUUGGAUGAAAAGAAAACUGUCAGGCAACCAACUACUUCCAUGUCCAAUCUUCAUGAAGCCUCCACGCCUGAAUUAUUGGACUAUCUUCAUGAAACUAGAGCAGAGAAGAAGAGACUUCGGAAAGUCCUCAGAGAGUUUGAAGAGCAAUUCCUUAAGCAAACAGGAAGGAAUGCACAAAAAGAAGAUCGCAUACCAAUGGCUGAAGAAUAUUACGAAUACAAGCAUACAAAGGCUAAGCUUAGAUUGUUGGAGGUACUCAUCAGUAAACGGGAUGGCUCAAAAACAGCUUUGAGUUCUUAAGGAAACUGUGCUGGAAAAUCGUGAUCUUGCAACAACUAGUUAUUGGAUAUUUCGUCUUAGUAUUUGUGCCAUAUAAACACUUGGUUGCACUUUAUCAGUGAACUCUGCAUAUUCUAAUAGUGACAGUAAGAAUAAGGGUUGCUGAACAUCUAAUCAAAGUCACUAUCAUUACAUGACAAAAAAAGUACAAGAUAUACUUUAUCAAUAUUUUUGUGCAGGUAGUUAUGAGAAUUUGAUGGAGGCUCAUCUGACUAAUAAUUGCUAAUUAGAAUUAAGUGCAAUGAUUUAUUGUCAGGGUGCGGAUGGGAGAGACAUAUUUACUGAUAUUUUCCAUGUGAGACACCAUAGCACUUUAUCUGUUUUUAUUGUGGACUGAAAAAAGAGUCCAUUAUAACUAAAAUCAUUCCAAAAGCAUUUAUAUGCUUUUUUGCCAUUUAUUGUGUAUUUUUAGUUCCUAGCACAUAUAAUCGGUGUGGAC